GCCGUUAAUCAAAACGAAAUAAACAAACUCCAGCAGCAGCUGAAGCUGAGCGACUUCGGUGUGUGUUUAUGAGCAGUGCCAUGGCUGGCUCUGCCGCCUCCAGUUCUAAAGACCGUCCAACUUCCCGGGCCAGUUUCAUCCCAGAACUACAGAGCAUGAUGUUUGCUCUGGGAGAUGCUCGCAGGCCUCUGCAGGAGACGGCAGCUCUGGUGGAGGACAUUGUACACACACAGCUCAUUACCAUGCUGCAUCAGGCCUGUGAGGGGGCGAUGCUCCGUGGUUCCAGGGUCAUUUCAGCCGAGGACAUACUGUUUCUGAUGCGGAAAGAUAAGGGUAAAAUGGCACGAUUACUAAAAUAUCUCCAGUUCAGAGAUUACAAAUCCAGACUGAUGAAGAACCUCGAUGAUGAAGACGCACAGCAGGAACCAGGUACUGGUGGUGCAGGCACCGCUGCAGCGGGCGGGGCCCAGCGGAGGCAGCGUCUGGCCCAGGACUUCCUGCUGUGGAUGGACCAGACCGGUGAGCUGCUGUCGUUAGCGGAGCGGCAGGAAGUGGACCCCGUCAAGCAGGAGAGGAUGGAGCGGUUGGAGCGUCAGACUCGGAAUAUGGACCAGAGUCAAUACGCAGAGUUCUGUGAGAGUCGACAGCUCAGCUUUGCCAAGAAAGCGUCAAAGUUUCGGGACUGGCUGGAUUGCAGCAGCCUGGAGCUGAAGCCCAACAGCAUCGCCAUGGAGGUCCUCUCAUACCUGGCCUAUGAGACGGUUGCCCAGAUUGUGGAUUUGUCUCUGUUAGUAAAGCAGGAAAUGACUAUGAAGACCAGUCCUGUCAGUCAUGUGAUCUCUGCCACCUACAUCCACUACAACACGCACACAGAGGUGAAAAAGGAUCCAGACUCCCCGGAGGCCACGCCUCCCUCCACCCCAGGGUCCUCCCACUCUGCUAAGCCCCACCUGCAGGGCAACGGCAGCAUGGACAGUCGGGCCAGACAGAGGAAACGCAAAAAGAGUUGCCCAGCGGUGGUGGAGCCUCCCAGUGGUGCCAUACAGCCCUGUCACAUCAGAGAGGCCAUCAGGAGAUACAACUACAGACACACGAGUGCUUACAGGAGGAGUGGGAUGGCUUUUCUCACCUGCUGAACCAUCACUUUGUUAAGCAUGCAUUGAUGUACAUAUUUUUUUUCUUUUGAUAAAAUAAACUUUUUGAUAAACUGAUGAA